AUGCCUUCAGUCCGCCCUUUGUUCGUGGUUGCUGGUAUCGGCGAUGGCAGUGGGACUGGAGCUGCAACCGCCCGUCUCUUCGCCAGAUCUGGCUACAGAGUAGCUCUGAUCUCCCGAGGACCGGAAUAUCUCAAUAAACUCGCUACAGAGCUCAACCAAGCAGGCGCAGAGGCUGCAGCAUUCCCUCUCAAUGACUACACCCCCGCAUCCAUCAAGUCAGCAUUCGUUUCCAUCAAGUCCCACUGGCCAUCCUCCCCUCUCCGCGUCGCGGUCUUCAACGCGGGCUACGGUGUCUGGAAGCCGUUCCUUGAUAUCACCGAAGACGAAGUCCGUGAGUCGAUCGACACUAACAUUUUGGCGGCUUUUGCCUUUGCACGCGCGGCCGUUCUCGAGUUCACAAAGCUCGAGCUCGAGACCGCGAAUGAGGGCGGAGUUGCUGGCAAUGCUCGUAAAAGGGGCACCCUUAUUUUCACCGGCGCAACGGCUUCUAUCCGAGGCAACACCACAACCUCUGCGUUUUCUGCGGGCAAGUUUGCGAUAAGGGCUUUGUCGCAGAGCUUAGCCAAGGAGUUCGGCAAGCAGAAUAUACAUGUUGCUCAUAGUAUUAUCGACGGCACCAUCAUCACUGACCGCACCAAAUCUCAACGCAAGGACCCCUCUUGGGAGGCCAAUCAAGAUGUUCGACUUGAUCCCAAUUCUAUCGCAAAGAGCUACUUGCACCUCGCCGAGCAAGAUAGUUCAGCCUGGGCUUGGGAAAUCGACCUGCGUCCUGCCCACGAAAAGUGGUGA